AUGUCGAGCUCAGAGAUAAAUCAAGUGCUCGCAAAUUCGCUUUCGCCUGAUGCGAACCUGCGAAAUGCUGCUGAGCAGCAACUCACCCAAGCUGCCGAGAGCAACUUUCCCCUAUACCUCGCAACCCUCGUACAAGAGCUAGCAAACGACUCCGCCGAUGGCUCUAUCCGAGCCGCCGCCGGUAUCGCCCUCAAGAACGCCUUCACAACCCGAGAUUUUGCUCGUCACCAAGAAUUGCAAGCAAAGUGGUUGCAGCAAACAGAUGAUGAGACCAAGAACCGAGUCAAGGAGCUCACCCUCCAGACUCUGAACUCCUCCAACACCCAGGCCGGCACUGCUGCUGCCCAGGUUAUCUCUUCUAUCGCCGCCAUCGAGUUGCCCCGUGGCCAGUGGAACGACCUGCUACCUUAUCUCGUCAAGAAUGUUAGCGAGGGUGCCGACCACCAGAAGCAGUCUUCUUUGACCACUAUUGGCUACAUCUGCGAAAGCCAAGACCCAGAACUGCGCAUGGCUCUUGUAACACACUCAAAUGCUAUCCUGACCGCUGUUGUGCAGGGUGCCCGAAAGGAGGAAACUAACAUUGAAGUUCGACUUGCGGCCAUUACCGCUCUGGGUGACUCACUCGAAUUCGUCGGCAACAACUUCAAGCACGAGGGCGAGCGAAACUACAUCAUGCAGGUCGUCUGCGAGGCUACACAGGCCGACGAUUCCAGGAUACAGCAGGGUGCCUUUGGCUGCCUGAACCGAAUUAUGGCCCUCUACUACGAGAAUAUGCGAUUCUACAUGGAGAAGGCUCUGUUCGGCCUUACUAUUCUUGGCAUGAAGUCUGAGGACGAGGAUGUUGCUAAAUUGGCUGUCGAGUUCUGGAGUACUGUCUGUGAAGAGGAGAUCUCUAUUGAGGACGACAAUGCUCAGGUCGAGAGCUCCGAUCAAAUGCGCCCUUUCUACAACUUCGCUCGCGUCGCUGCCAACGAGGUCGUUCCAGUCCUUCUGAUGCUUCUCACCAAGCAGGACGAGGACGCCACCGACGACGAGUACAACCUGUCGCGCGCCGCUUACCAGUGUCUGCAGCUGUACGCCCAAGCCGUUGGUGCUACUAUCAUCAGCCCUGUGCUGCAAUUUGUUGAGAGCAACCUGCGCCACGAAGACUGGCACAACCGAGAUGCCGCUGUUUCCGCUUUCGGUGCUAUUAUGGAAGGUCCCGAUGAGAAGGUCCUAGACCCUAUCGUGAAGCAGGCUCUGCCCAUUUUGAUCACUAUGAUGGACGAUCAGUCUCUGCACGUCAAGGAUUCGACCGCCUACGCUCUUGGCAGAAUCACAGAGGCCUGCUCCGAGGCUAUUGACCCCCAGACACAACUGCCCACGUUGAUCGAGUCUCUCUUCAAGGGUCUACUCAGCAGUGCCAAGAUGGCACCAUCAUGCUGCUGGGCCCUGAUGAACUUGGCUGAGCGUUUCGCUGGCGAUUUUGGCGCUUCUUCCAACGCCAUCACCCCUCACUUCAACAACGCUGUCAGCUCUCUGCUUGACGUGACUGCCCGCACAGACGCCGAGACAUCGGUGCGAACUGCUGCCUAUGAGGUGCUCAACGUUUUUGUCCAGAACGCCGCGUCCGAGAGCUUGCAGCCUAUCGCCUCUCUCUCUGACGUUAUCAUCAAGCGUCUUGAAGAGACCGUGCCUCUGCAGAGCCAGGUUGUUAGCGUUGAGGAUAAGAUGACUCUUGAGGAGAUGCAGAACAGUCUGUGCACUGUCCUCCAGGCUAUCAUCUCUCGACUUGACAAGGAGAUCAUUCCCCAGGGUGACCGCAUCAUGCAGAUCCUCCUCGCCAUUCUCAACAGUGUUGGUGGAAAGUCCAGUGUUCCUGACGCUGUCUUUGCUACCAUCAGCACCCUUUCGACUGCGAUGGAGGAGGAUUUCCUCAAGUACAUGGACGCCUUUGCUCCCUUCUUGUACAACGCCCUUGGAAACCAGGAGGAGCCCAGUCUCUGCUCCAUGGCUAUUGGCCUGGUCAGCGAUAUUACUCGAUCCCUUGGCGAGCAAAGCCAACCUUACUGCGAUAACUUCAUGAACUACCUUCUUAACAACCUCCGAGUAUGCCCACCCCCUACCCCCGCUCCUGAGCUUCAGGCAUCUAACCAAUUACAGAGUACCGCCCUUGCCAACCAGUUCAAGCCUGCCAUCCUGCAAUGCUUCGGUGAUAUUGCUGGCGCUAUCGGUGGUCACUUCGAGACUUACUUGUCCGUGGUCGCCCAGGUUCUGGAGCAGGCCUCGACUGUUACCGCUUCUCCCGAUGGCCCCUACGAGAUGUACGAUUAUGUCGUCUCUCUCCGCGAAGGUAUUAUGGAUGCCUGGGGUGGCAUUAUUGGUGCCAUGAAGGUUAGCGAGAAGACCCAAGCCCUGCAGCAAUAUGUGCCCGCCAUGUUCAAUGUCCUGAACCUCAUUGCCAAUGACACCAACCGAAGCGAGUCAUUGAUGCGAGCCUCUAUGGGUGUUAUUGGCGACCUUGCUGAUGCUUACCCCAACGGCGAACUGGUUGAAGCUUUCCGUCAGGAAUGGGUCACUGCUAUGAUCAAGGAGACUAAGACCAACCGAGAGUUCCAGCCUAGGACUAUUGAAACCGCCCGCUGGGCCCGCGAGCAGGUCAAGCGCCAGCUGGGUGGUUCCCAGACUGUUAUGGCUAACUAG